UUAAGCUCAGCUGACGCGCGUUUCGUGUACGCGUUCGUUGCCUAAGUCUUUUGAUUUUCACUUUUAACUGUUUUCAAAGAGUACGCGCGCGCGCAUGCUGGCGAGCUGCUUAAAGCGUUACCGUUAGCCGUGUACGUUACGGUUUUGCACUGUUGUAACUUUGCAUUUGGAUUAAUGCUAACAUGCCGCUGCAAUAAAGUGAAAGUUUCAGCAUCACUUCAAAUUAAAUUCAAAACCAUGACAGCUAACAAUUGGGACGCUUAAAGCUUUCGCAUCCACUACGCUCUAACUGAACUGAAAACUCAUUGAAUCAUUAAGCCUUGAAGUAGAACUAGAACUUGCUUGUCAGCGCUGCGCACCACUGACACCAAGCCGCCAACAUCAAGGCCGGCGGGAAAGCUUACUCACCAAAAUUCAUAACAAAAGCAAAAUCAAAACCGAACCAAACCAAACCAAGCUUCUUUUCUUCUUUUAUUUUCGUCGACCACGUAAAUCAACAACAACAAAUAUAUACGAUAAUGAAUUAUCAAAAGGCCAGUGAAACGCAUUCGCCGUCCUCGUUCAAAAAACAGCAACGCUUGCCCCACAGCAGCAAGAGCGGCGGCAAAGGCGGCGGCGGCAAGAGCAACGGUAAUAGCAUACAAAACUUUUGGAACGAACGCAUCAUGGAGCGUUUCAUAAAGGCGAAUCUAUUCAUUAUCUGCUGUGUGGCGGCGGGUCUAUUGCUGAUUGUGUAUCUGGGCGCCUUCUCGUGUGAGGUCUCUUGGCUAUUGGAGGCACAUGGCGAGCUGCCCUUUGCUGCCUACACGCUAUGCACGCUCUACUUUGUGAUGUUUGUGGCUACGACAAUCUUGAUACAUGGCCUGGUUAGCGGAUUGUGCUGGCCGCUUUUUGCUUGGUCCAUGGUUAUUGGUCUGCUGUCCAUACCGGAGCUGGUGUUUGUUAUGUUGAUGACCACACAGCAUUGGGGUCUGCAGUCCGUGCAUGGACUCACCGAGCUCACCUCUUAUCUAAUACGACUGAUCAUCAAUUGCCUGGCGUUGAUUUGCGUCAUACCCACAGGCAUACGCUGGCGUCGUGAGCUGCAGGUGCUCAAUCAGCUACAGGGUCUGGCUACGCGGUUAUCGCUGCAAACGCCUGCGCCCAGCGUGCCCAUGACCAAAGCGGACUCACGUCGCUCCAGUCAGCGUCUGAGUGGCUUUGAAAAUGCAGGCUAUCAACUUUGCGAUGAAACCAAGCUGCCACUGGGUGCUGGCAUGAACAAUGCAGGCUCCGCUUAUGGCUCGCAGAAUGAAUUUAAUGCCAGCAUGUUUGCUCCGGCGUUGAUACAGCAGUUCCAGCAGCCGGCGCAGCGCGCCAGCGCAGGCAACGCUUCACAUCGCGCGCAGUCCUUGAUGGAUCUGCGCUGCACGCUGCCUGGCAUGUAUAAUCCACGUCAUGUGCUCGAAACGGAGGACAAGAAUGGCAAGUACUUCAACAUAACCAUUGACGAUCUGAAGCACAAUCUGCAGGACUCGCAUAGACCGUCGCCGCCUUCGAUUAUAGGCUCGAGCAGCAACGAUCCUAUAUACUGCUCCAUAGAGCCCAAGCUGCCAACGCCGCCUGCGCAGCUGCGUCAUGCCUCACGCGGCGGCCACAAGCAGCUGCCGCCUGCCAAACUCUCGCGCAACUGCAUCUCACUGGAGAAUCUGGAUGGCAUUAACAAGGUGCAAAACGAUCUGGCAGCCUAUGGCAACAAUCUGCUGCAGAACUAUACAGCUCAGCAGCAAUACUAUCUGGCCAUGCUGCUGCAGAAUCCGCUGCAGCAUCCGCAGGCAGCAGCAGCGCUCUACCGUCGCCCCAGCGCCUGCAGCACCAACGGCGGCUAUGCGGUGCAGCCACAGCCGCUGCCACGUCGCUCCGCGCACGGCGGCUCGCAGCAGCAGAUGCAGUACUACGGCGGCUUUGGCUAUGCCAACUAUAUCAAUCCCUAUAUUACGGCCAACAGCAAAUUAUCGCUGGGCAACGAAUCCGACGACUAUCGCAAGUAUCGCGAUGUGGCGCUUUAGUCUUUAGUUUAAGUUUAAGUUGCAAGUCACUUUAGUUUUAGCACGCGCGUCUAACCUAUUGACAUUACUCGGUAUAACGACCAAAGAGCCAACAAACUAACUCAGUUGCAGUUCACAAAACUAAAAACUAAACGUGCAAGUUCAAGUUGAGGAAGCCGUUAAAAUAAGUUUUAGUUGCUAAACUAGUUGUUAAGUUUUACGAGCGACAAACGAAAUUCAUUUAUGUUUUUUUGUAGUUUGUAUAAUUAGGUUAUAACAUUAACAA